GCGUAGCUUUGCCGCCACAUUUUUAAGACGGAUGGCAUCGAAAAUGGUUCAGUGGAACCAGUAGACUAGUGGACUCCAACCAGUCCCGUCAAGCGUGCUACAAACAGCAACGGACUCGACCAGGAGCAGUGACAUCAGGCGUUAUCGCGACAAGUGUGCUCAGUUCCCAACGUGGUUUUCCAGUAGUAGGAUAUACUAAACGAACGGGUGCCAGUCUAGCCCGAUCCAUGUGCUUCGUUUCGUGUGCAACAGCAAGUGUAGUUCUUAGUGGAAUCUAGCAGCUCCGGAUGCACCAUGUUACAUCAUACAUAAAUGUAAUUUGCUUAUGAAUCAUUCAAUGUGUAUUGGGAAUGUGUUUUGGUGAUCUGUUGGUGAUUAUGCUGCUUCAAUGUCCUCUCGUAGGAAAUGCUGCUCAGGAGUAAAAUAAGCGAUUUCGCAAUGAAGAUGUACUUGUUUUUGACGAUCCUGAUUUACGAAUGCAGCAAUCAUUUCUCUUGUGCCGAAUAUGAAUUGGCGGAAGCGAGUCAGACGGUGAAUGAGCCCUCUAUUUCACUGGAUCUGAGUCCGGAAAGUGGGAACGAUUACUCCAACAAUGGAGUUGUAUUCGAAUUCCGACGCAGUAUUAAGAGUGAUAACACGGAAAUAGAAGCCAGACGGCGAAGUGCGCUUGACAAAAAUUUUAUGCGUUUUGGACGACCCGAUCCUACGGCUUUGCAACGUGUAGCACGUGCCAGUAAGCAGGCCAAUCUGAUGCGAUUUGGUCGAGCAGGUCAGGCGUUCAUGCGAUUCGGAAGAGUUCCUGGAAAUGUCCCAUAUUCAUUGGUGCAUAACGACGAUGACAGCAAACAGGAUUAUAAUGGAGAUAGUGAUGAAUUCAAUGAAGAACUCUUGUAUUCUAAAAGAACGCCCAAUUCUGACGAGAUUACAGAAGUUAGUGAAUCUGGAGAACAAAUCAAGCCCAAGCAGCUGGUGUACUACAGACGAGACUCGCCCAAGAACUUGAUGAGAUUCGGUAAACGUGAUGAUCCCAACAAAUUUCUUCGGCUGGAUCGAGCCAACUUAAUGCGAUUUGGACGGGCUGGUUCAGGAACUGCGGCAAAUCUGCAACGAGGGAACUUGCUGCGCUUCGGCCGAGCCAGUGGCAAUCUGAUGCGGUUCGGUCGUUCAAAAGGAAACUUGAUGCGUUUUGGACGAUCAGAUCCCCGGUUUCUACGCCUUGUGAAAAUGGAUAACAAUUUUAUGCGAUUUGGUCGAUCAGAUAAAUCAUUGAAACCUGCUGACAAGAAUGAAACGGAAUCGUCAGAGUCUACAGUAUUUCCAAACGACAAAAGUAAAAGUGAAAUUACGCACCACGAACAGCUGUCGCUGGAGAAAAUUGAUGAACCUGCUAAAUCUGAUGAGGACUAUGAACUACACUUAAGAGAAGAGGAUAUUCUUUCUCCCGCUUUUGUUUCGAGUUAUUAGUUUUCCGUGUGAUGGUUGGGAUUACUUGAUUAAACUGAUAGAAUUUACUAUGGUCAGAUUGUUAAUGAAAUAAAACUGGUUCAACACACGUUCUACCUAACUGGUGUUGAGCCGAUAUGAUAAGGCUGGGAUUGACAAUCUGACUAUGGUGAAUCAUGGUGAAACCUUUCACUCUUUAACUUCGAUGCCAAAUAAACUAGUGAACAAACCAGAUGAAGUGAUUCUUAUUCUAUAUUUAGCUAUAUUUAUAAAUUUACAUACAAAUUGAAGUCGUUAUUAUCAUUAUCAUCUCAGUCAUACUGAUUUACUGUAAUAUAAAUAAAAUUUAAAAUACGCAUGAGAAA